AUGAUGUCCAUGGAUGAAAAGUCCAGCGGCGGCCUGCCAUGGCUGGAUAUGCCGGUCAUGUUCCACUCGUCCAGAGCCGAUACAUGCAAAAUGACACCGGAGCAAUGUGCCUAUCGGUCAGGGUACUGGAGAUACUGGUACGAAGCAGACCACGUCUAUUCAUUAAACACAGUGUAUUUCCUUUGUGCGACUAUCGGCUCCUUUACAAUCGUCCAUUUUCUCUCCAAGUACGCACCAGUACGAGCAAAACGAAGCGGCAUAUGGCGGAAAACGACGGCCAUUGGGCGAUACCUCACAUACAAAGGUUAUCAACUACCUGCAAUUCGGUAUUGCUCUCCGUCGUUGGGCGUGAUUCUCCUGGGUAUCAUAGGCACAAUCUUUUUCUUUGCCAUGACGCUCGGUCCUAGACCUUACUACUGGCCCAACUCGAAAGAUGGCACAGUCUCUUAUGGAAACAGUCCGCCUAUCGCAACUCGCACUGGAUGGAUGGCAUUGGCAUUACUGCCUUUUGUGCUGGCUCUGGGCGCCAAAGCCAACCUGAUAUCAGCAUUGACUGGAGUGUCUCAUGAAAAGCUUCAGGUCUACCACUAUUGGACCAGUUAUGCCAUGUUUGUCCUGGCUUUGAUACAUACGUUCCCGUUCAUAGUCUUCAAUAUCUGGAAAGGGCAGAUGGUCGAGAAAUGGAACACCAGCGUGGUCUACUGGACUGGGGUUGCGACCUUAAUUCCACAGGCGUAUCUGACAUUCAUGUCCUUGCCAUCUAUUCGCAACCGGUAUUAUGAAUUUUUCAAGGCAACACACUUCCUAGUUGCACUACUCUUCCUUCUCUUUUUCUUCUUUCACUGUGAUUUCCGCCUUACAUCUUGGGACUAUUUUGUUGCCGGAGGUGCAGUAUAUCUCUUUAGUCUUGUUGCAGCAUGGACCCGCACGCAUCUCAUCAACGGCCGUCACGCAGCCACAAUUGACCUGCUCCCUUGCGGUUUUGUACGCAUCAGGAUCCCGACAAUCAUGUCUUGGCGACCAGGUCAGCACGUCUUCAUUCGAUUCGUGAGCCCACAGCUCGGCCUGCACUGCCUCACAGCGCACCCGUUCACCAUCUGCUCUCUGUCACAUGACCCGGACAAGGUCGGCAAGGCAUCUGAGAUCGUGUUCUACGUCAAGCCGCACCAUGGCAUCACGGCACGUCUGGCAAAGAUAGCGGCUAAAAGCCCCGUGUUCUCCCAGACCGUGUUUUUGGAAGGGCCCUAUGGCGGGAUAUCUGAUACUGCUACUCCCGCCGAAUUCGAUACGGCUCUUGUCAUCGCGGGUGGCUCCGGCGGUGGGUUUUCUCUAGCUAUCGUCGAAGAAGCUCUUAGGGUGUAUGGAAAUAUGCCAGAUCUCCAGCAACGAGAUAUUCAAGUCGUUUUCGCCACGCGGAAUGCCGACGUAGCCGAGUGGUACAGGGAGGAGAUUGAGGACAGGGUCUCCAUGCACGACAUGCCAGCCAAAAGAGUAUCUGUCUCCAUUCAUGACACCUCGUUGGAGCAUGUCCAAACGCCGGUGUCUGCACCAGGAGCCAAAGAGCCAUCCAACGACAUCACCGAUGAGGUUGAGCCUGCCUUAUCAGAGAAAGGCAGUGGUACUGCAGCAAUAGACCAGCACGUGAGCACAAUUCGACAUGGUCCCCGGCCUAACCUCCCUCAUAUUGUCGAUACAGCUACGUCAACCAUGGGUAGCCGCAGGAUCGCUAUCUUUGCGUGCGGUCCUGCCUCCAUGCUACAUGACGUUCGGAAUGCGGCUGCUGAGGCGCAAAAGCGGGCGUGA